UUUAUAUAUAAGCACGAUAGCUGUGUUUACGUGGAAAGACACCGCAGCGCAGGUUCUCCAGGUGUCGGUUAGGGAUUGCAUUGUCACGCAGGACAUGUCGCAGGGCACAGCGACGCCACUUAGGAAUGCGUUCGACGUAUUAAUGGCACACCGUGGCCAUACAACUAUUCCUACAAACAAAAAGUCGGCUGGGCGAGCGAAAAAGCAAACAACGGCAACUACUGAGCGACGGACAGCGUCGCAGCCACCCACUUCCACCUCAAUACGGAGCACUUCUGCUGUUACAGCAAAUAAAGUCACCAAUUCAGUUGAGGAGGUACCGGCUUCAACUGUAAAUGUUCAUGGGCGGAACCCGGAUUCCCAGGACAACUUAGCUGCAACUCACAGCUCAGCUAUCGAAGCUUACACUGGGGCGCUUACAGCUUCGACGGGUCAGGUUGCCGAAGCCACACAACCUUCAAUGGCUUCUCAUCCUGCGUCGCCCAUGGACCCAUCGGAGGGUCCCAGCACGUCCGGCCGCGAUGCGGAAGAGCCGCAAGCAAAGCGAGCACGGCUGUUGUCGCCGUUCCGUGGUCCUGGAACCCGGAAUCUUCCUCGUCAGGUCCACGACUUUUUUCUCGUACUUGACCUGGAGGCCACGUGUACCAAGCGCCGCGACCUCUUCCCAGUCGAGAUCAUCGAGGUCAGCGCGGUGCUGCUGCCCGGCUGCAACCCCUCCCUGGACGCCAGCCUGGGGGAGUUUCAGUCCUACGUGCGACCCACGGUUCACCCCACCCUGGAUCCCUUCUGCGUGGAGCUCACAGGCAUUCAGCAAGACCAGGUGGACUCUGCUCCGCUCCUGUCGGACGUGUUGCUCCGGUUCCAAGGCUGGCUGGCCGAGCGGGGCGCCUUGCGUGAGGGUGUGUCACUGCUGCCCGUCACCUGGACCGAUUGGGACCUCAAGAUUUGUUUGGAGACGGAAUGCGAGUGGCGGCAGCUGGCGCGCCCGCCCUACCUGCGCCGCUGGUGCAACCUGAAGCGACUCUACACCAACCGCUACCGGCGCACGAGCAACCUGCGCAAAUGCGUGGAGGCGCUAGGCCUCCGCUGGCAGGGUCAGGAGCACAGCGGUCUGGAUGACUCACGCAACACGGCGGCGCUGCUGGGGCGCAUGGUGCAGGACGGCUGCGUGCUGCGAGUCACCGACAGCUUCAAGGAGGGGCCGCAGCAGGAGCAUCUGGGGGGGACAGGGCAGCAGCAGUCGCAAGGUUCUCAGCCGCGGCAGCAACAAGCGGCCGAUCGAGAGCAGCAGCAGCAGCAGUUGCCGGACGCUCCUGUCCACAUUAAUGGUGGAGAUGAGGUGGGGGAAGGCGGCCGCAGCGGCGGUGGCAGCAAGGGGAUGCUGCGACAGACCGUCUUGACGCUCACGCCGGCGCGGUCCUCAGCUGCAACAGCAGCAGCGUCUUCCCCGCCGCAGCCGCCGCACUCAGUCAUCGUUACGCCGCCAACCGUUACACAACGAACAACCACCCCAACGGCAGCAACAGCAGCAGCCCCAACGACCGGCGCCUCGGAGGCAGCCACCGUUGUUGCAGCUACCACCACAACCAUAACUCCGUCGUCUCCCACGGCGUCAUCAGCAGCAGGGCCGGUGACGGUAGCGGCGGUAGCGACGGCGGCGGCUGUUGAACUUCCCUUGUACGACAAUUCUGGUCGUUGGUUAGGUCGUUGUCGUUGCGGAGUGGCGGCGCAUUUCCGUACAACCAAAAAGCCGGGGGCAAACCUGGGUAGGCAGUUUUACAGCUGUGGCCGGUGGAGCAUCUCGGACCGAUCCAAGCAGUGCGAUUUCUUCGUUUGGGCAGAUCAGUUGGAGUUGGCGCCGGGGGUUGGAGCGGCUGGGAAGGCAGGCAGGGACAAGGGCGCUCCGAUCGGCAAGGGGCAGGGCUCAGCUGGGCCCUCAUCGAGUGGCAAGGGGAACAGCAAGAGGCGGGGUGGCGGGAAGUAAAGAGGCGGCAGAAGGGAGGGAGGAGAGCAUGCUCGUUUAGACCCGGCGCUGCAAGACGCGGUUUGCGCUGUAGAAGCGGAGACCAGUAAUGCAUUGUAGAGGUAUCAUACUGACGAGCGGAGUUGUGUUUUCCUAUUUGAUUAUAGCUUUGUAGGAGUAGCAGGACGAAAAGGUUGUGUCUAGAGUCGUAGACGAGGGGUUUCGGAGCUUGGGCGCCCAGUGGAGCCCAGCCGAGCCAGUACGGCCGCUUCCUGCCUCCACUUUGCUAUGUGGCUGUCCGGCUGUGGACUUGCUGCCUUUCAUUAGGACAUGGCAUAGGAAUGAUCUACUGCAGAUAUAAGAAACGACGGAACCAAUCGGAAGAGCCUUACCAAGCAAUGAGUCUGGUGUUGUAAGCAAACGGAAAAAUCAGGCAAGACUUACAGUGCAG